AUGAAUGAAUGUCAUCCCAAUCUCCUAACGUUAGCCAACGAAUUACUAGAAGUGAUAUUAGCAGAUGAUAGUCUUGAUCAUCGUCAUCUAUUAGCCGUACGGUCAACAUCACGAAGGCUGUAUUCGAUAUGCAUGAGUAGUAAAUUAUGGAAAAGGAAAGCUUUGACAAGAUGGUCUCACUGGCAUAAUGCAUCGGAUGAUCAAUGUGACUGGUAUGAAAUAUAUAAGAAAAGGCAUCAACUUGAAGAGUUGUUAAGGAAGGAAAUUAAUUUAAUUGCUUACAAGUGUCAUGAUGAGCAAAUCAUUACAAAUGAUCGCUACGAUGGAAUCGAUCGGAUCGUUACAGGAGCUGAUUCAACAGUAAUAGUUCCAUCAGCGAUCGAAUGUCUGGAAGAAUUUCUUGAUGCUAAUAAAUGGAAUAAGCUGACAAUGAGAUAUUAUGCUAGAUUGGUUGUUAAAUAUUUAUCUCAUUGUCGGCUUCAGGAUGAAAUUCAAGCAUUUUUGGCCUUACCUGAUUGGAAGCAGUCGCCAGAGCUAGUUACAGAUCAUACCGAAGCGGAAAGAAUACUGCUCACUAUUAAUAAAGUACUCUUCACGGAAUUAAAUUAUCAUUGUAAUUGCGACAACUAUUAUGAUGAAAAAAAUGUUUCUAUUGAUAAGGUAUUGGAGAGCGGAUAUGGAAUUCCUCUAACUAUGUGUGCUAUAUAUCUUGCUAUCGCAGCUAGACUAGGUGUUCAUCUUGAAUUUGUUAGCUUUCUAAGUCACUUCAUGUUAAGAUGGCCUUGCAACUCAAGUAGUACUAAUGAAACAGAAAGAUUUAAAUAUAUUGAUGUCCUGGAGAAUGGAAAAUUGAAAACUCGAGAAGAGUGUCUGCAGAUGAUAUCAUUUCGACUACAUCGUACAUUAGAACAUGUUUCAACUAAGGAGCUAUUGUGUGUUGCUAUUGGUAAUUGGGUCAAUGAACUGCACAGGUCCAUCCCUUACCGUGAUAGCUUACUACAGCUGGUCCAUGCUUUAAAUUUAGAUCUAAUAUUGAAUCCAAAUGAUCAGUCCAUUCGAUUUAUGUACUUAUAUCUGUUAGCUCGGGUAAAAGCUUAUGACAUUAAGAUCAUAAGAGAUACUUUCGAAAAGGGAAAUCAUGGAUUUUUUCAAAUGACACCGCAGCACCAGAGAUAUUUGAAGACCCUAGUAAAGAAGAAAUAUGAGAAAGACAAUACGAUGGAAAUAAUUAAAUUACGUUCUGAAUAUCCACAAGUGAAGUUUAAGAUAGGCGACAUUUUACUUCAUAAGAGAUAUAAUUUUCAAUGUAUUGUUUGUGGUUGGGAUUCGGUGUGUGACAAGGGGGAAGCAUGGAUCCUUCAAAAUGGUAUUAAUCAACUAAGUCAAGGCAAGAAUCAGCCAUUCUACAACGUACUUGGUGCCGAUAGUUCGGAACGAUAUGUUGCCCAAGAAAAUUUAGAAACCACUGAUCGAACUGAAUUAAUUCAACACCCGGAACUUGGUCGUUACUUUAACUCAUUUAGUUCAAAGAUUUACGAACCGAAUGAGCAAAUGCAUAAGCGUUAUCCCGAAGAUUGCUCAGAAGUGGGUCUGUAA